UGCCACCGACAAACCUUGUUUCUCAUUACUUCUACCCAAGUUGUUACGAGACGUGUAUCUGCUAAGCACCAUUAUCGCUCCGCGCCAAUUACAACACAGCGAAGCUGUCACAAAUGAAAUGCCAUUUCUGUUUUGCAGUGUUCUUCGCUAUUACCAUGUAUUAUCGUGUCGAUGGUUUAGAAAAUGGUACAGAUGAGGAAAGACUAUCUAGAAAGAGACGGUAUCUCACGUUUCCUGAAGGAAGCACAUUUGUGAUGACGAUGUCUAAUACAAAGGGCCUGAUGUGGGAUGUUCCGACAUUUGGUCGUCCGCCAUGGAAUUCAAUCAUGGAGUUUGAUCUCGUCUUCAAGCUCCCAAACAUGACUAAUCUCUUCCCCACACACAAGAUGGCCUCUAGAAGGCAGGGCAUUCUGUAUCAGACUCAAAAUCAACACUGGCUGGAGCGACGUGAACUGUACCACCAAAUCGAGAAUGCGCUGGCUGCCCAAGGAGAAGAUGGUCGCACGUGUAUUUAUCGCGCUUUAUGUGAGGCUAAGUAUCUUCUGAAGCCCGGAAGGUCAUUCGUCGAGGAUGUAAUGCAUACCAUAUUCAGACUUCCAAGCGGAAGUGGUGAAUGCGGGGUUGAUUCAGAAGAAUACGAAUUAGCAGGGAGCCAGGAAACCUGCGUGAACUGGUCCACAGAGUGUACUUACUCUUUGCUGAAUCCGAUCAUCUCCUGAACAAGUACAAACCUGACCCUCGAUCAGCUACUGAGAUUUACAGAACAAACAAAUUCUGUCCAUAGUUAGAAUUAUGUGUGCAGGCGUAACUUAAAAGAGACAUUCGAUACAAAACGAAAAAUACUCGCAGUGCAAUAAACAUAAAUGUAUUACAUAUCAUGAAUAAACCAAUGAUAGGAAUAAAAUAUAUAUCCUUGCCAGAAGAAGCAAGCCCUUAUCACAGUUUCAAUACUUGUGACUUAAACUGUUAAUCAUCCCUAAGAUUCGCCAUGAAUAAAACUCUAUCUGCA